AUGAAGGAGAUCACCCUGCCACGAUUGGAGUUGCAAGGCGCACUUCUGCUUGCUAAAUUGGCUCAGAAGGUGAAAGCAGUAAUUAAGGACAGACUAAACGCAGAGUUUUAUUGGUGCGAUUCUCAAGUUGCACUAACUUGGAUCCGAGGACCUCCAACAAAGUGGAAAGUGUUUAUUUCUAAUCGCACCCAACAAAUCCAACAGUUGACUGAUGCCAAAGAUUGGUAUUAUGUCAAAUCAGCAAGCAACCCAGCCGACUUAGUAUCUCGAGGUAUCACCAUCGGACAAUUGAUAGGUAACAAGAAGACCUUUUGGAUAAACGGGCCAGAAUUCCUGGUUGAGGGCGACUAUCCUCAAGAUCAGAUCGAUGAAAAUCUCAAGGCACCAGAAGAAAAGGUUAAAUCAGUUAGCGUAGCGACAGCCAAUGUCCCACCUAUUGAUGAUUACAUAGCAAAAUUCAAAUAUCACAACUCCUUCAAGAAGACGCGCAGACAUUUCGCGCUAGUUAAAAGGAUAAUCGAGAACUGGAAGGCCAAGUCCCCAACUUGGAAACGAAGAGGUAUAUCAAACAAAUACUUAAGCGGAGCCUUCACUCCGCAAGAAUUAAAUGAAGGAACAAAAUUGAUCAUUCAAAUCAUGCAACAACAAGAAUAUCCAACCAAAUUAGCAGUCAUACAAUGGGGUGAAACUAUCAACAAGGAUCAAUUUGAGCAUCUGAAUCCUACAAUGCAAAAUGGACUUCUUCACGUAACGGGAAGGCUGAGCUUGGCCGAGCUGCCACUCACCCACAAGACCCCAAUCCUAAUCCCCAAAUCACACCCAUUCGCAAAGGUGAUAAUCAGAUACAUUCACGAAAGGAAUUUCCACUGCGGACUGGAACUGGUCAUGAGCGAAUUCCGCCGGACGUAUUGGAUGCGGAACCUCAGAAAGGUCGCAGAAGGAGUCAUAAAUAAAUGCGUCAAGUGCGCCAGGGCAAGGCCAAGACGAUUACAACAACACAUGGGACAGUUACCCCGGGCAAGAGUCAAUCCAUCAUCUGCAUUUACCCACACAGGGGUGGAUCUCUGUGGGCCUUUUGAAGUCCUAUAG